GAGGGGUGGAGCACUGUCAUGAACAUGGGCGACAAAAAAAUCUAACAACUACACAAACCCACUGCUUCUAUUCCUCUCUUUUGCCUUUUUUUGUGUACUAUUAUAUAUUGUUUUUUUUCCCAGGACUUUAAUUAGCAGAUUUUUUUAACCCCCUGAACACUACACAAAGCUGAAGAUGUCUCGGGGAGUGAUCCAACCCAGCCAGCAGAAACUGGCUGAAAAGCUCACCAUCCUCAACGACAGAGGCGUCGGGAUGCUGACCCGUGUAUACAACAUCAAAAAGAAGUCGAGCUGCUACGAAACAUCUCCGAAAACGGCAUGUGGCGAUCCCAAGGCCAAGCCGUCGUACCUCGUCGACAAGAACUUGGAGUCGGCGGUUAAAUUCAUCGUCAGGAAGUUUCCCGCCGUGGAGACGAGGAACAAUAACUUGGCUCAGCUGCAGAAGGAAAAGUCAGAGAUCCUGAAGAAUCUGGCUCUCUACUAUUUUACCUUCGUAGAUGUGAUGGAGUUUAAGGACCAUGUUUGUGAACUGCUGAACACUAUCGACGCCUGCCAGGUCUUCUUUGAUAUUACGGUGAACUUUGACCUGACCAAGAACUACUUGGACCUGGUUGUGACUUACACUACUCUGAUGAUCAUCCUGUCUCGCAUUGAGGAGAGGAAAGCCAUCAUCGGCCUUUACAACUACGCUCAUGAGAUGACACACGGAGCGAGUGACCGAGAGUACCCCAGACUGGGCCAGAUGAUCGUGGAUUAUGAAAACCCUCUGAAGAAGAUGAUGGAGGAGUUUGUUCCACACGGAAAGUCUCUGUCAGAUGCGUUGGUCAGUCUUCAGAUGGUUUAUCCCAGGAGGAAUCUGUCCGCUGACCAAUGGAGGAACGCCCAGCUGCUCUCUCUCAUCUCGGCUCCCUCCACUAUGCUCAAUCCUGCACAGUCCGACACUAUGCCGUGUGAAUAUCUGUCACUGGACGCGAUGGAGAAAUGGAUUGUUUUUGGAUUCAUCCUUUGCCACGCGGUGCUGAACAGCGACGCCGCAGCGUUGUCUUUGUGGAAGCUGGCUCUGCAGAGCUCCACCUGCCUCUGUCUGUUCAGGGAUGAAGUCUUCCACAUCCACAAGGCAGCAGAGGACCUGUUUGUCAACAUCAGAGGGUACAACAAACGCAUCAACGACAUCAGAGAGUGCAAGGAACAGGCCCUGUCUCACGCAGGCUCCAUGCACAGAGAGAGACGCAAGUUUCUCCGAUCCGCUCUGAAGGAGUUGGCAACUGUCUUAGCCGACCAACCUGGACUACUAGGUCCAAAGGCGUUAUUUGUGUUCAUGGCGCUGUCGUUCGCCCGUGACGAGAUCAUCUGGCUGCUUCGACACGCCGACAACAUCCAGAAGAAAAGCACAGACGACUUCAUAGACAAACACAUAGCGGAGUUGAUUUUCUACAUGGAAGAACUCAGAGCUCACGUGAGGAAGUACGGUCCAGUGAUGCAGCGAUAUUACGUUCAGUACCUUUCCGGCUUCGAUGCUGUGGUGCUGAAUGAACUGGUGCAGAACCUGUCUGUGUGUCCGGAGGAUGAGUCGAUAAUCAUGUCUUCAUUUGUCAACACGAUGACUUCCCUCAGCGUCAAACAAGUGGAGGACGGAGAGGUGUUUGACUUCAGAGGAAUGAGACUGGACUGGUUUAGACUGCAGGCCUACACCAGCGUCUCUAAAGCCAGCCUCGGCAUCGCUGAUCACAAGGAGCUCGGUAAAAUGAUGAACACUAUCAUCUUCCACACUAAGAUGGUCGACUCGCUGGUGGAAAUGCUAGUGGAGACAUCAGACCUGUCCAUUUUCUGCUUCUACAGCCGUGCGUUUGAGAAGAUGUUCCAGCAGUGUUUGGAGCUUCCCUCUCAGAGCCGACACUCCAUCUGCUUCCCUUUGCUUUGCACACACUUCAUGUCCUGCACACACGAGCUUUGUCCCGAGGAGCGUCACCACAUAGGGGAUCGAAGCCUGUCGUUGUGCAACAUGUUUCUGGAUGAAAUGGCCAAACAGGCCAGAAACCUGAUAACUGACAUCUGCACUGAACAAUGUACACUCAGCGACCAGCUGCUUCCCAAGCACUGUGCGAAAACCAUCAGCCAGGCCGUGAACAAGAAGAGUAAGAAAGCGACGGGGAAGAAAGGCGAGCCGGAGAGAGAGAAACCAGGAGUGGAGAGCAUGAGGAAGAACAGACUACUGGUCACCAAUCUGGAUAAACUCCACACAGCGUUAUCUGAACUCUGCUUCUCCAUCAACUACGUUCCCAACUUGGUGGUCUGGGAGCACACGUUCACACCGAGAGAGUACCUCACCUCGCACCUGGAGAUCCGAUUUACCAAGUCUAUAGUGGGGAUGACUAUGUACAACCAGGCUACUCAGGAGAUAGCCAAGCCCAGCGAGCUGCUGACCAGCGUCCGCGCCUACAUGACGGUGCUGCAGUCCAUAGAGAACUACGUCACCAUCGACAUCACCCGGGUCUUCAACAACGUCCUCCUGCAGCAGACGCAGCACCUGGACAGCCACGGAGAGCCCACCAUCACCAGUCUGUACACAAACUGGUACUUGGAGACGUUGCUCCGUCAGGUCAGUAACGGACACAUCGCGUACUUCCCCGCCAUGAAGGCCUUCGUCAACCUUCCCACAGAGAACGAGCUCACCUUCAACGCCGAGGAAUACUCCGACAUCUCCGAGAUGCGUUCACUGUCGGAGCUGUUGGGUCCGUACGGGAUGAAGUUCCUCAGCGAGAGUCUGAUGUGGCACAUCUCGUCACAGGUCGCCGAGCUGAAGAAACUGGUGGUGGAGAACAUGGAGGUUUUGACCCAGAUGAGGACGAGCUUCGACAAACCGGAGCACAUGGCGGCCCUUUUCAAGAAACUCUCCUCUGUCGACAGUGUUUUAAAGAGAAUGACGAUCAUCGGAGUCAUCUUGUCCUUCCGCUCGCUGGCUCAGGAGGCUCUGAGAGAUGUGUUAUCCUGUCAUAUUCCUUUCCUGGUGAGUUCUGUGGAGGAUUUCAAAGACCACAUUCCCAGAGAGACGGACAUGAAGGUGGCCAUGAACGUCUACGAGCUUUCGUCGGCGGCGGGUUUACCGUGUGAGAUCGACCCGGCCCUGGUGGUGGCUCUGUCCUCACAAAAGAGCGAGAACAUCAGCCCGGAGGAGGAGUACAAGAUCGCCUGUCUGCUGAUGGUGUUCGUGGCCGUCUCAUUGCCGACUCUGGCCUGCAACGUGAUGUCACAGUACAGCCCCGCCAUCGAAGGCCAUUGUAACAACAUCCACUGCCUGGCCAAAGCCAUCAACCAGAUCGCUGCGGCUCUCUUCACCAUCCACAAGGGAAGCAUAGAGGACCGCCUCAAAGAGUUCCUGGCUCUGGCCUCCUCCAGCCUGUUGAAGAUCGGACAGGAGACGGACAAGAUGACGACACGUAACAGAGAAUCUGUCUACCUGCUGCUGGACAUGAUCGUGCAGGAGUCUCCGUUCCUGACGAUGGAUCUGCUGGAGUCGUGUUUCCCCUACGUCCUGCUGCGAAACGCCUACCACGCCGUCUACAAACAGAGCAUCAGCGCUAACGCAUAAACACACACUAAAAACACACACAUACACACACACAGACGGCCUGUAUGUAGACACACACACACACAUACACACACUAAAAACAACAAAAACAAACUAAACACUAGACCUACAAUGCCUCAACGUACAAUUCUGUCAAAAAAACAAAAAAUGCACCUGUAACACACUAAACCUGAACAAAUACACUAAAAACGGCCAAAACGAACAUGAGAAAAAGACACACGCUGACGUCUCAGUGCACAACGAUGACAUAAAAAACGUACUUAAAAUUAGACAAACGUGACCAGAACAGUGCGGACGCCUCCGACGCACUGAAACAGACACACAAACACUUAGCUGGAUGAAGUUGGGGGAUCAGUGUCUUUAUUUUAAUCAUUGUACUUUUUUUCCACUACGUUGCCAGGGGACCAUAACCAUAGCAACACAUAAUAUACCAUAUGUUUUGAUUGGUAUAAAAAGGACAAAAAUAUAAAUAUAUAGUAUAUAUAUAGUUGACACUAAAAUAUUCCUUUUUUCUCUCUUUUUCUCUCUCUUUCUCUCUCUUUCUAUCUUUCUCUCUUUUCUUUUUGUUUUUGAUGAAAGAUUUGAGAUUUUUAGUGGCCAGCUGACAAACUUCUAUGUGGUGGAUUUGGAUGCUUUAUUUUGGGGAAUGCAAAAAAAUGAAUCUGAUGUGAUGUGUAGUUUUCCUUUUUUUCUUUUUUUUCUUUUCUUUUUUUUUUCUUCUUCUUUUAUUAUAUUGAGGAGUUUGGGUGAGGAUUCCUGUGUUUAUAAUGAAAGACACAUUGCUUGUUAAUGUAAGUUUACACACACAUUCAUACAUAGAUAAAUAAUAUAUAUAUACACACA